AUGGGGUUACCUUCAGACAAGAGGGUCAACACACUCCCCAUGGCCCUGAUGCCUCUCAGGGGCUGCCUCUCACCACUUGUUCUCUCCCUUCAGAUCGAUGACCCCAAAAGCACCCUUGAGGAGGCGGCUAACGAGGCCGAGGCUGUCACCUCUGUGAACAGCCUGGGAAGCAAGCAAGCCUUGAACACAGAUUACCUUGACUCCGAUUACCAAAGAGGACAGCUGUACCCGUUCCCCCUUGGCGGUGAUUUCCAGAGGGCCACAUUUGCUCUCACAAAUUCAGCCCCGAUGACCCAGUCCUUCCAGGAGCGCUGGUACAUGAAUCUCAACAGCCUGGUGGACCGGGCCCUGACCCCGCAGUGUGGCCACGGGGAAGACCUCUAUAUCAUCACGGGCGCCGUGCCCUCAGACCACAAAGUCAAAGACAGAGUGGCCGUCCCUGAGUUGGUGUGGCUGGCGGCCUGUUGUGCUGUCCCCGGGGGAGGCUGGGCCAUGGGCUUUGUCAAGCACACCCGCGGCAGUGACAUCAUAGAAGACGUGAUGGUGAAAGAUCUGGAGAAACUGCUUCCGUUUAACCUUCAGCUGUUCCAGAACAACUGUGGCGAAACUGAGCAGGACACAGAGAAAAUGAAAAAAAUCCUGGAAAUGGUUAACCAAGUCCAGGAUGAGGAGCGACAGGUGCAGUCUCAAGAGCGCGCCAUUCCCCUCUCCAGCACCAGGAGCAAGCGGUCUGCCCUGUUGCCUCCGGAGCCGUCUGAGGGAAGUAGCAGCUUUUUGGGAAACCUCCUGGGCUUCAUUGCUACCCCAUUCAGCAAGCUUUUCCAGUUAAUUUAUCACCUUGUGGUAGCAAUCCUGAAGUACACUGUCUAUUUCCUGUGGUUCGUUACCAAGCAGGUGAUUAAUGGCAUAGAAAGUUGCCUUUACCGCCUGGGCUCGGCCACCAUCUCAUACUUCAUGGCCAUUGGGGAAGAGCUGGUGAGCAUACCCUGGAAGGUGCUCAAGGUCAUAGCCAAGGUCAUCAGGGCCGUUCUCCGGAUCCUUUGUUGUCUGCUGAAGGCCGUUUGCCGCAUUCUGGGCAUCCCCGUCCGAGUCCUCGUGGAUGUGGCCACUUUCCCCGUGUACACCAUGAGUGCUGUUCCAAUUGUGUGCAAGGACAUCGCCGUGGGCCUUGGCGGCACCAUGUCUCUGCUCUUUGACACUGUUUUCGGCACCAUGGGUGGCCUGUUUCAGGUGGUUUUUAGUAUCUGCAAGCGGUUUGGCUACAAGGUUACUUUUGACAGUUCUGGGGAGUUGUAGGACUCAAAAAGCUAAUCGUGUCCAGUCACAGUGAAUUUGAAAGCUAGAGUGUUUUGUCUAUAUGUUGGGUUUCUGUUCAUUGUCAGUUGUCAUUAUAUUUUGGCCUUUGGUGGGGGUGUUUGCAAAGGAAGGUGGUGCAAUUUAGACUUGACACAAGAGGAAUGCUCAGGGUGAGAUUAAGUGUCCUGACCUGCCGUGUACCUCCAGUUCUGUGUGCACACUUGCAAGCCACUACUAACUUCAGUUACUCUCUCCAACACAGAUGACCACCUGAUAAGCUCUGGUAUUCAUUUGUGAUGGUUAAAAAUGACAGGGGAGGGAAGAAUUAGAAAGAAGACAACUUUUAACCAAAGGGUUUCUGAGAAAAGGGGAAUGGAAUCUUGUUCCUCCUAUUACUUUUUGAGACUUCAGGCAAAACAGAUAAAAAUAUCCACAGCCAGUUUCUUGGUGUUGGCUUCAUUUUCUUCCCAGCUCGACUGACCUUGGUGAAGAGCAGAUGAUGCUUCUUUCUUGAAAUAACUUCCUUAGAGAUAUAGAAUUUGCUGUGUCUCUUAGCUUUCCAUGGUUCCCAAGGACAUGGAAGGUUUUCUUUUUCUCCAAAGUUGAAUUUUGCUGCAUUUUUCUUGUAGGUAAUGUUAAAGAUAAAGCAUUUUAUAAAAUUGUAUUUGGGUAAUGAUAAGCACUUUAUGCCAAAUGUGGCAUAACAAAAUUUGUAAGGGCAAAGAUUUCUCUGCCCCUGGAAUGGUAGAUAACAGUCCUCACAGGUAUAGAGAACAAAAGGGGGACAGUCCUGCUCUUAGUAGGUGCCAUAGAUCCAAGAACAUCUUUAGCCAAGCUUGGAUUAACUUGACAUAUAUUAAAUCUCUGGCAGAUGAGAAACAUUCUAGAUGUUUUUAAUUCAUCAAGUAAGUGUCUAAUAUAGUAAAACACUCUGACUUAUUUCCCUAAAUGAUUGUUUUGGUAUAACUAUAUAGAAAGGAGCCACAAAAUAAAAAAAAAAUUAAAAUUAUUCUGUCUCUGAAAAAAUAUAUUGAUAAAUAUUUAAGAAUUAUUAUCUCUUAGGAAAUUAUUUUUAUAAUGUGUUUGAGUCUAUCAGACAUAACUCCCCCACCGAUGCAAGUUAAAUUUGAGAGCUCAUUCACAAUUUUUUAGUCAAGCACUUGUCAUUUUAAAUCUUGCACUAAAAAUGGUAACAAGAGCGACCAAACUUUGCUCUUCUUUCCACAGCUGAGAUGGAGUCAUCUGGAUUUUUUCUGAGUGUUUUAAGGAGUUGCUGUAAGGUAGGAGAGAGCCAGAUUUGAAAUACUGAGGUUGGGGGAACAGCCUAUGAUUCAUCAGAAACUUAGAUGCAGAAAUCUGGGGUCUAGAAAGGCAACAAGGAGAGAAUGAUGUGUCGACCAUUUAUAUGGGGCUGGCGGAUAAGAAACGUGAAUGUAGCAGGAGUUACAUUUUGCAGAAAAAUAGGUGAAUUGCACCCAGAGUAGAACAGCAGCCAGCAAGCUGCCAUCCUGAUCAAUUUGUGACGCAAAGUUGGAGAGUAUGAGCUCCAGAUUGGUCCCUGUAGUGAGAUAUGCUCUCUUUUGCUCUCAGAAUCUUAAAGCAGUAUUUUUACUGACACUUCUCUUGGCAAGCACAGAAAUCUUUAGUUGGACGUCCCUUCAUUUCAGAAGGUAAAUGGAAGGGUGAGAGUUUGCCGUGGUACUGAUGGGUCCAGAAUCCGGCUGGAUAAAGGAAGGGAAUCGUAGAAGUGACCAUUGGGAUAGUCUGAUCAAACUUAUUUUAUAAAGAACCUGAGGCACAGGGGGCAGUGAGCUUGCCCUCAGUUUCACGGCUAGCUGAGGGCAGGUCAGGAGCCAAGGUCGUUUGCAUGUGACCCAUCACACUUGGGAUGUCAGGUACAGGGAGCGUGUGCUAUCAUUUAGCGGCUACCCUGGACCGUGGCAGGACUUUCUCAUCCAUCAGACAGAUUCCAGGCCCUGACUAAUCAAUUGAAUCUGGUGUGUGUGAUAAAUAAUUAGCCAUCCACCACCAACGUCAUGCCUACUGCACCCCAUGGAACCCUUGUCUCCUUAUGGCACAUAUUUGCAUACUGAAACGCCCAAAGCGGGCAUCCAUGGCAGCUCGAGCCCCUUAGCACUGCAGGGAGCACGGCAUCCAAACGGCUUCUUGAGAAUCAUUUGGAAAUGCCUUCUUUUUCAUGUCCAGUUGUUUAGUGUCUGUUUAUUCUUGUGUGGCCUCUUGAAAUCUAGGAAGGGACAGUAAAGCAAAAAGUACCCUGAAGGUUAGGUUGGCUGAGACCCUCUGCUCUGGACUGCUAGUGUUGGCUGUGACUCUGGUUCACUGGAACUAUUUGCACUGGGCCUGAAGCCCCCACUGCUGGCCUGUUCCCAACAAGCUACUUUGGGCUUCGGUGUAGGAGUUUGGUUGAUGAACCCCAGGUCUGGCUUAAAUAUUUUGCUGUGGCUCUGUUGUGUUCUUGGGCCCUCGGGGAGGUCAGCCAACUCUUCAUCAUUAUGGGGCUAACUUCUAGUCUGGGAUCAGCUAUGCCUUUGGACAUUCCUCUUUUCCAUUGUGCCUUGUGAUUGUUGGCUUCUCACUCAGCGUCAGCCUUUCACCGAAAUGCAGACUAGGGAGUUGGGAGAUGGAACCAAAGUGAAGCACUCCUCAUCCAUGCAAUCAUUUAUUCAUCCUCAAACAUGUAUUUAUUUGGACAUUAAGGUUGCAGAGACGAACAGUGCAUGGAUCUCAUCUUUAAGGAUUUUAAAAUCUGGUGGAGAGAUCAAUAUUUGUAAUACAUCAUGGUAAGUGCUGUAGCUAAGGUACUAGCAGCAUGCUCCCGGAGCACAGGAGGAAAAGCCACAAAACCAUGGAACUUAGGGAAGCCUUUACAGAGGGUGUGACAAAAGUCAAUUUGACAUUUUCAAGCUAUGUACAAUGCUGUGCACCUUGCAGAUGCUAAAUAAAGUAAUUAUUGACAACUCA